AUGGCCCCGACCUAUUGGCCGUCGCCAUGGCAGCCACCCCCCUGGUCGAUGCCGCUGCUGCUGCUCGUCCUGUCUUCCUGUUUCCUGCCUGAGUCGGCCACGCCCUUCCCCAAAGACCUGGAGCCAAUCAACGUGGUCGCCUCAGAGCAGUCCUACCAGUUUCCAGGUUUUCAAGGUUUGCUCCAGGACAACGACACCCUGCGUCUGGGUCUGGACUUCCAGAGGUUGUUACGCAUCAACCACAUGUUGUACAUCGCUGCCCGGGAUCACGUGUUCGCAGUGAACCUGACGACGGCUUCAGAGGAGUUCGUCCCUCGGCUGAAGCUGACGUGGCGAUCCAAAGACGUCAGCAAGUGUACGGUCAGAGGGAAGAACAGCGACGAGUGCUACAACUACGUCAAGGUUCUGGUGCCGCGCAACGACGAGACGCUGUUCGCCUGCGGGACCAACGCCUUCAACCCCACCUGCCGGAACUACAAGAUGACGUCUCUGCAGCAGGUCGGUGACGAGGUCGUCGGUCAGGCUCGCUGCCCCUUCGAGUCCGGUCAGUCCAACGUGGGACUGUUUGCUGGAGGAGAUUUCUACUCGGCCACCAUGACAGACUUCCUGGCCAGCGACGCCGUCCUCUACAGAAGUCUGGGGGACGGCCGGCCCGUCCUCAGGACCGUCAAGUACGACUCCAAGUGGCUCAGAGAACCUCACUUCCUGCACGCCAUCGACUACGGUAACUACGUCUACUUCUUCCUCAGUGAGAUCGCAGUGGAGUACACCGCCCUGGGCAAGGUUGUCUUCUCUCGAGUCGCCCGGGUCUGUAAGAACGAUAACGGAGGUUCACCCCGAGUUCUGGAGAGAUACUGGACCUCCUUCCUGAAGGCUCGUCUCAACUGCUCCGUCUCCGGAGAGUCCUUCUUCUACUUCGAUGUCCUCCAGUCUCUCACCAACGUGCUGCAGAUCAACCAGAGGCCGGCGGUGGUCGGGGUCUUCACCACCCAGGCCAACAGCAUCCCCGGCUCGGCUGUCUGUGCGUUCUACAUGGACAACAUCGAGAAGGUCUUCAAUGGGAAGUUCAAGGAGCAGCGGACCGGCGACUCGUCCUGGACUCCAGUUCCUGACGAGCAGGUCCCCAGACCCAGACCCGGUUCGUGUGCGGGCGACGGUCCGGCGUCAGACUUCAGGUCGUCGGUUCACUUCCCCGACGAGACGCUGACAUUCAUCAAGUCGUAUCCUCUGAUGGACGAAGCGGUUCCCUCUGUCAACGACCGGCCCUGCUUCACCAGGACCUCCAGCAGGUCCAAGCUGACCCAGAUCGUGGUGGAUGUGUCGGCCGGCCCCUUCAAGGACCGGACCGUGAUGUUCCUGGGCUCCGACGACGGCCGAGUCCUGAAGGUCUUGGCCAGCACGCAUCCCAACGACAGCUUCGGGUCUCAGCUGCUGGAGGACAUCGACGUCUACAACCCAUCCAGGUGCAACGUUCAGGGUCAGGAAGACAGGAGGGUUCUGGGCCUGGAGCUGGACAAGGACCACCACGCCCUGUUCGUGGCCUUCAGCAGCUGCGUCAUCCGGGUGCCACUCGGCCGCUGCAGCCGACACGGAGCCUGCAGGAAAGCCUGCCUGGCCUCUCGUGACCCAUACUGCAUCUGGCUGCGGACUGGGAGUUGUGCCAAUAUGGCGCCGGGUUUCAAGGCCGGGUUUGACCAGGACAUCGAGGGCGACCACUCGUUCCCUCCAGACAGCUGCCACGCUGAUGUGUUGGCAACGACACGGAACCAGGAGUCUGCAGCCGACUCUGCCUACGGUGUCCGCCGUCUCCCGGAGAUGGACCAGCGCGCCGCCAACGUGCACUACACGCUGCUGAUCGCCUGCGUGCUGGUGGCCUUCUUCCUGGGCGCCGUCCUGUCGGGCUUCCUGGUGUCAUGUUACUGCGGCCGCAGCGCCGCCCAGCGGAAGGACCCUGAGGCACCGCUGCCGCACGCCCUGUCGCUGCGGUCGCUCGCCAAGCUCAACGGGCUGCUGGACGGACAGCCGAAGGAGGACAAGCUGGACGUGUCCACGCCGAGGAUGUACAGCUCCUUCAUCCCCAACGGCCGGGCGGAGCCUCCCCUCCACAGCCCCGGGCUCCAGGGCCUGCAGCUGGGGGACCCCGACCUCCGCCUCUCCCAGUCCCUGUCUCAGGCGGAUGGAGAGCUGUCCGGUCUGCCCACGCCGGACUCCACCCCGGAGCUUCCCAUCAAGGACACGAAGGCCCCGCGGCACCAUCAGUACGAGAAGAACGUGAACUGCAACAACGCCAGCGGCUCCAGGUCCGGUCUGGGGUUCAUGGCCGUGGUCGGGAAUUCGGUGAGCCAGCAGGCGUUCCCGGUCUCUGACCACCAUGGUUUGAGCAACGGAGUGGGCGCCUCUUCGACUUCGCUGCACCUCCCUGAGGAGAGGAAGGUCUUGCAUGAGGAGCGAGCGACAGCAGCAGGAGGAGCCCCCCAUCACCACCACUCCCAGCAGUCCCUCCCCCAGGCGGUGGUGGACGUGUCGGCGCUGGACGAGCUGCUCAAACACAUCCAUGAGGUCAGCGCGUCGGGGACCGGCGGCAUCAAGGUCCUCACCUCCACCUCUUCGUCCUCCCUGUUCCCCGGGCCCUCCUUGUCCUCCGCCGGAGGAGGACAUCAUCACAAUCACCACCACCAUCAUCCUCAUCAUCAUACCAGUAACAAUCCCCACGGCCCGACCCGCACCCACCACUAUAACCAGCAGCAGAUCCCAGAGACAGAAUCCUCUCCGUACUACAGCACCUCCACGCUGCCGAGGGACGGCCUCCCCAAACGCCCAGACGCUCCCACGCACAACUCCACCUCGUCCUCCGCUUCUUCCUCCUCUUCGUCCUCCAACAAUCCCACCUCCUCCACCUCCAUCCCUUCCUCCUCCUCUUCCUCCUCCUCCACUCCUCUCCAGCAGCAGGUGAUUCCGGAGAGACCCGGCGGGAGCGGCGGCGUCCCCGUGUCUCGCCACCUCUCCCAGCGCCACUCGCUCAUCAAGAUGGGUGCCGUGCCGCGCCACCACAGCUUCAACCAUCGAGGGGGGCAACCGGCGCACUUUCUCGCCAGGAUGAACACCAACAGCAGCAGCAACGGCCCCCCUGGUCCGAGCGCCGGCGCCUGCCUGACGCGGCAGCACAGCUACAGCGAGGGGCCUCACGGGCAGCGGGCGGCGGUCGUCCGGAGAACGGCGUCGCUCAAACCCCAAGUCCCGCCGAAACCGCUGUUUCUUCCCAACGCGGCAAUGUCACCGGUAGCAGGGGCGGGAAAAUACAACUACUGA